AUGAGGAUUGGAUGCCUGCUCUCAGCCUCCGAAGCUCGCUUCCACGGCAAACAUUCGGUCCCUCUACGUCUUCGUCGUUAUUUUCUCUCCGCGCUUUCACGAUGUUCAAUCGUCUUGGAUCGCGGUGGCCUCGGUUUCCGAUCUAUCCUUACUAAAUCGAGACCCAUUGCGCGUCCCUCCAUCCCUCUUGCCCAGCCUUUUCCCGCCGUCAUUGAGGGGCUCUGUGCGGUUUGUCCGACGUCCUUGAGCAACUUGUACAGCUAA